AUGACUACGCGGGUGUUUAAUACGUCUAUAGAUCCAUUCCAGUAUCGAAAUUAUCGCACGUUUGAUUUUGAGACGAAUUUCAACUAUGAGGAGAAAAUUGCUUGGUUCGAGGAAAACUGGACCCACGCCUUCCUGUACAGCGCACUGUAUCUCGGCUUCGUAUUCGGCGGACCAGCCUAUAUGCAGACACGACCUAAGUAUGAUUUACGAUCUGCUCUAACGAUAUGGUCCAUCACCUUAGCGGUGUUCAGCUCAAUGGGGGCCGUCAGGCUUUGGCAGGAAUAUACGUAUAUUGUUACAAAGUAUGGCUGGAAAGCAUCUAUGUGUGAUCCGAUUUUUUAUACCGGCAUCAGUGGUUUCUGGGCAUGGGCUUUCAUCGUGAGUAAACUCCCCGAACUCGGCGACACGGUCUUCAUAAUAUUGCGGAAGCAGCGGUUGAUAUUUUUGCACUGGUACCACCACGUAACUGUGCUGAUCUACGCCUGGUAUAGCUACGCGCAUUUUAUCGCACAGGGACGUUAUUUCCUGACAAUGAACUACACGGUACACGCAGUAAUGUACCUCUACUAUGGAUGUCGAGCAUCGGGAAUGUUCAAAAUCCCCCUGUACGUCAAUAUAUCCAUAACCGCGUUACAGGUGAUUCAAAUGGUCAUAGCGUGUGUGGUAAACUUAUACGCGCACUUUUACCGUAACCAUGGCGAGUACUGUUCCACUACGGAUGCGCAUACCUACAUUUCAUUAGCCUUAUAUAUGUCAUACUUUGUACUGUUUGCAAACUUUUUCUACCAUACCUACUACGCCGGCAAGGUGAAAGGUCACGGGAAGAGGAAGGCGACAUAA